AUGCGAUGUUCUUCGGCAGCAACAACCAGUUAUGUAUGUUCUGUGACCUGCAGCCUUCCGAUUGUAACGGCACAGGGACGUGCUCCACCAACUGCUCCAUCUCAUCCAUCUGUGAAAAGGCCAGUGAAAUCUGUGUCUCCAUCUGGAGGAAGAACGAGACRGGCUUCUCCGUGGAAACUCUGUGCCAUGAUCCCAUCAUCCCACUGUACGGCAUUCUGCUGGACGACUACAACAGCACCACCUGCGUGAUGAAGGAGAGGAAUCUGACGAGCGGGAUGGCGUACGUUUGCUCCUGUUCAGAUGAAGAGGAGUGCAACGAUAUUCUGCUCUUCACUUCCACUGUUGCUCAAACUCCAGCGGACCCGUUGAUGUCUGUAAUCCUGGUCAGCCUUCUGCCCCUGCUGGUGACAGGGAUUGUGGUUGCUGGGAUGUUCUACUGGUACUGGGUUCAUCGGCGUCGCCAGCUCAGUCAGGAAUGGGAAAGAAAACUGAAACUGCGCAAACCUAAAUCCGGAGGUCUGGACUGCAGCGACGCCUGUGCCAUCAUGGUGGACGACGACGGGUCAGACAGCAGUUCCACUCACGCUAACAACCUAAACCACAACACUGAGCCGCUGCCAAUAGAGCUGGACCAGUUGGUGGGCAAGGGUCGCUUUGCUCAGGUAUAUAAGGCUAAACUGAAGCAGACCACCUCAAAUCAGUUUGAAACGGUGGCGGUGAAAAUCUUCCCCUACGAGGAGUACGCCUCUUGGAAGAACGAGAAGGACAUCUUCUCCAACACAGAGCUGCGCCACGAGAACAUCCUCCACUUCCUCACAGCUGAGGAGAGGAAGGUGGAGAAACAGUACUGGCUCAUCACGGCUUUCCACUCCAGAGGAAACCUUCAGGAGUACCUGACACAUCAUGUCGUCAGCUGGGAGGAACUGCAAGUGUUGAGCAGCUCUCUGGCCCAAGGGGUCGCCCACCUCCACAGUGACCGGCUGCCCUGUGGACGUCCUAAGGUGCCCAUUGUCCACAGAGACCUGAAGAGCUCCAACAUCCUGGUGAAGAACGACCUGACCUGCUGUCUGUGUGACUUUGGUCUGGCUCUCUGUCUGGACAGCAGCCUGACUGUAGACGAUCUCGCCAACAGCGGACAGGUGGGAACUGCACGUUACAUGGCCCCCGAGGUGCUGGAGGCCCGACUCAACCUGGAGAACAUCGAGUCCUUCAAGCAGACGGACAUUUACUCCAUGGCGCUGGUGCUGUGGGAAAUGACAUCCAGAUGUAAAGCUAUUGGAGAGGUGAAGGACUACGAGCCGGCUUUUGGCUCUAAAGAACGAGAGCACCCCUGUGUGGAGAGCAUGAAGGACAGCGUGCUGCGAGAUCGAGGGAGGCCGGAGAUCCUCGACAGCUGGCUCAGACACCAGGGAGUUGCAGUGAUCUGUGCCACCAUGAAGGAGUGUUGGGACCAUGACCCUGAAGCCCGCCUCACGGCCCACUGCGUCGCUGAGCGUCUCGCUGAAUUGGAGGAUGAGCUCGACAAACUGUCCAGCCGGAGCUCCUCAGCGGAAAAGAUCCUGGAGGAGCUAAAGAGACCAAUCGCGGUGGACAUCCCGGUGGAGGAGGUGAAAAUCAGUCAAAUUCAGAGCAUCAUAGCUGUGGACAGCUCCAUGAGCGACAAGAAGUGAGACGAGACGUAAAGCCCGUUUCCACAGAAGCUCCUGCUCUGGUCUGAUGGGGCUACAUCUUCAUGACUCAUAACKCAGCAAAAACCAAACGGGACUGUCGGACUUCUUCACUUUAAAACUGUAGAAGCUCAGAGCCAAAAAGAAACAACCAAGAAACUGGAAAACCUGGUCUGAGUCUGGAAUCUGCAGGCUUUCCUCCUAAAAAUAUCUUGAUACGAGACUCGAGAGCAAUAAGAAUUAAACCAAAUAUGUUUGAUGUGCACUUUAUUAUGACAUACUUAUGCAUUACAGAGGUUUAUUCUUUUUAUGUUUUUCUGUAUCCUAACAUGCUUUGACCUGAAAGUGCCUUCAUGUUCAAAUUUGAGCCAAAAUGUCUAAUGACUCCAUCAUUAAUGGCAGUUUAUUAUAGGAAAACAGGUCAGUGUUUCUUUGUGRCUGAAUGUGUUGGUUUUGUUCAGACUCACCAGUAUGUUAACAUUGUUCACCAAAUAAACAAGCGCAUUCAUUUGUGCCUAAUGGACAGUUUACAACAAUAGAUCAACCAAAAAGGGAAACUAAAUCUGAACGCAGAUUCAAAGACUUUGUGUCUUGUUGUUUUGUCAAUAAGCUGUGCCAAAGAACUUUCACCCUGCCUUGAAACAUGUGUCAUAUGUAAAAUAUUGUAAAUCAUUUAUACAAUAAAAAUAUUUCUGUAUAUUCA